GUAGAUGGUAAAAAGCCAAGUGUGCUUUCUCAUCGUUGUAGGAGGACAAAAAUGGCAUCAAAGAAAAAGCUUCAUCAGAUAGCAGAACAACAGAGACAUUUUAUCAACACUGUAAUUGUGUCAACACCUACAGCAUGAUCUCACAUGUGGGCGGGUCUAUAGAAACAUAAAAGAACAGAGUCAGAGGAACUCCACACUGAAACAGGUGCAUCACACGUGAAAUAUUCCUCUCAAAUCAGUCAGAGAAAGAGUCAGAAAGAAGGACUUUAAAGAAGAGGCCGAUUUGAGGUCAGUUGUACAGUUAUGAAUGAGUCUGAUAAUUUUGAUGGUAUGGGGACUACGGUGACUACGGUGACUGAUGAUUAUGUUGAUCCACAACCUUGUAACCUGGCACAGUUCAACGAACAGCAAGUGACCAUCCCAGCAUUCAUCUAUUCUCUAAUUUGCACACUCGGCCUGCUGGGCAACGUUUUGGUCCUCCUAACGUACUCCUUCUACAAGAAAGCAAAAACCAUGACAGAUGUCUACCUGGUUAACGUGUCACUGGCGGAUCUCCUCUUCGUCAUCGCCCUUCCACUGAUCAUCUACAACGAACAGCACGACUGGAGCAUGGGCACGUGGGCAUGUAAGAUUCUGAGAGCAGCCUACAGCAUCAACGUGUACAGCAGCACGCUCCUGUUGGCCUGCAUCAGCGGUGACCGCUACAUCGCCAUCGUGCAAGCCAGACGAUCGGUUCGAAUUCGAUCGCAAGCUCAGGUCUACAGCCGUCUCAUCUGCUCGGUCAUAUGGCUGCUCGCUUUCAUCUUGUCUCUGCCUACGCUUAUAUAUUACCAGGAGGAAAACAAGGAAUGCAUCCUUAACUUUGAUGAGCACAACCUUGCCAGAAUCAUGAAGAUCCUGAUUCCGAGCAUGCAGAUGGUCCUCGGGUUCUUGGUGCCAUUGAUGAUCAUGAUAUUCUGCUACUCGUGCACCAUGGUGACUCUACUCAAAGCUCAAAACUUCCAGAAGCACAAGGCGAUCCGCGUGGUCCUGGCCGUGGUCUUUGUGUUCGUCCUUUGCCAUCUGCCUUACAAUGUGGCGCUUCUCGUCCACACCAGUAAACGGUUCAGUGAGAGGCUCUGCGAGGAUGAACAGGCGACUCUGAUGACUUUGUCCAUCAGCAGGAGUGUGGCCUACCUUCACUGUUGCUUGAAUCCCAUUCUGUACGCCUUCAUCGGGGUUAAAUUUAGGAGCCACUUUUUUCAGAUCUUCCGAGACUUGCGGUGCCUGGGGAAACGGUACAUUUCGAGACGCUCCUCUCAGCAGACCUCCGAGCUGUACAUAUCAGCAAACAAAACCGUUGUUGGACAGAACCACGAGAACCCGUCAUCAUUUACAAUGUAACCAAACUUUUGAGCGUUGUUCUCAAGGAAGAAGUGAGCUGUGGGUUGUUUGUUUGGUGCUUGGUUUGUGUUUUAGUUUCAUGGAUUGCCAAAAUGAAAGUGAAACUUUUGGUAAAAUUUUUGGCUUCAGGAAAAAGUUUCCAUUACUGCAUUAACUGACAUUGACUAACAACGAGCAAUACAUUUAUUACAGCUUUUAUGUAUUACAUGCCAUCUCAGGUUCAUUAAAUAAUAUUCAUAUAUUCAAUUUAGCAAAGCAUUAGUUGGCCAAAAAAAAAAAAU